UAGUUAUCUACACUUUUAGUUCGCAAUAGGAUAAAAUUUUACAGUAUUGCUCACUCAAUCGAACUUUAUUUCCUGUUAGAAAAUUGUUUGUAGGACUAUAGACCUCUAUAUUAGUUGAGAUAGACUUUAUGAGAAUCAAACGUAAAUUGUGCUAAAGAAAGUCAUUUUGUAAUCAAGUCUUUUCUGGUAAAGUUAUCUAUUAAAAAUGGCUUUGCCAAGAGUGCGAUCUUGUUGCUGCGGAUGUUCCUUGAGAACUGGAACUUUAAUCAUUUUGAUCUUAAGUUUGGUUGGUGGACUCUCGUACCCAUUCAAAUGUUUCUCAGUGACAGGCGGAGGCACAAUUUCCAACAUCAUCAUAACCAUAUUCUCCAUCGCUGGAUUCGCUGCUUCCGGUUCUGGCAUCUAUGCUGUUUGUAAGGAGAAACCUCAAUGGUUGGUACCUUACAUGAUCGCUCAGUUUUUGGUCUUCAUGUCUUUGAUAAUCGUGAUGUUAGCUGUGGCAAUCUGUGGAGUAGUAUUUUUGGGCGAUCUACUCAAAAUCACGGUUGAUGAUAGAUUUGCUCAUAAUGUAAAACAAUCUGGAUUCAGUGCAGUAAUUUCCUUCGAAGUUUCAAGUGCUAUGUCCCUCGGUAUCAUUUACUACUCUGCCAUUGUGGUGCAGAGUUUUUACAAAGAACUCCGCUCAGAAUAUCAUGAAAUUUGAGUUUCACACAUCAGAAUACUCACAUAAUCUAUUCAUUAUGAAGUUAUCAUUCUAUCUAAGUACCCAUAAGAUAUCCAGAAAAUUCAAUUAAUUUUAUUUUUAAUGUAUUAUUUACAUGAGUAUUUUUUGAACCAGCACACUCUGAUUUUAACAAAACUAAGCUAGAUCAAAAAAUCAGGUCGUAAAACCCAUUUUUUGAAUUUUUGGAAAAGUUUUGAUAAUUAAAAAAAACUGAAAAAAAAUACUUCGAAGGAAAAUGAGUGUUUUUUGAGGGGAGGGGGUGUGUAAGAUAUCGUAAAAAUGGACUUUAAAGCAUGGCAGUUGGAUUAAAGGAAUCAUUGAUUAGUUCACUUCGCUGACAAAAAAGUUCAAUUGCUAUGAAAAGUAAUCAAAUUUUGAUGAUGGAAUUUAUUUCAUAAAAAAGUUCAAAAAUCGUCGUUAAAAUAGCGUUUUUGAAUUUUUAAAAUUUUAAAAAAAAUCGGAGAAUGCCGGUUUGAAAAAUUUCCUUAUAAAAUAAGUAUACUUAGUACAUAUUUUCAAUUCAGACUAUUUUUUAUUUGCGUUAUUAAUCAAUGACUAAGUAAGUUAGGUACUUAUCUAUAAUAUUUUGUAUCAUUUAUUCUCAGAAAGGUAUAACUAGGUACAUUAAAAUAAUCAGAAUAAAACUACGAUCAUGGAGGAAGCUGGAAAUAUUUUACUUGAAACGCGGAUAUGAGUCAGAUAUAUCUCGUUUAAAAAUAAGUACAAUCAUCUCCGUGAUGUUAAUUAUUAUUAUUUCAUCGUCACUGAAUCAAUUUUCCCGUUCAACUUACAUUUUAAAAUACCAGAUAUGCAUUUGCUGUAUGAAAUGUUGAUAAUUAAAUGUUAUCAAAUUUAAAUAAUAAUUUUAUAAACAUUAGUA